UCAAUAAAUCCAGGGGUCACACUGGUUUCAAUUCAUAAUCACCAACGAAAUGUCGAAAUUACUGUCGUACUCAGCAAGAAUUACUCUGCGUAACAUCGCCGUUGGCCAGCUCAGCCAGCAAGGUGUCCGAGCAUUCGCGGGCUUUGUGUCCGGGCAGCGUACUACGCCGCAGCCGGCUUAUGGUCGGCCAGCACCAGGACUUUUGCGUCAGGAGGUGGUGUCGUCGGUCGGGAAGCGGAGCAUGUUCAUCCAGACGCAGGACACACCGAAUCCAGACAGUCUUAAGUUUCUGCCUGGCAUCGAGGUGCUGGGCAAGGGAAAUACCUAUGAUUUCCCCAGUGGAAUGGCUGCCCACUCCAGUCCAUUAGCCAAAAUGCUGUUUCGCGUCGAGGGCGUACGGGCUGUGUUCUUUGGCUCUGACUUCAUCACCAUCUCCAAGGAGGAAGGCGCCGAGUGGAGUCUGAUAAAGCCAGAAGUAUUUGCCGUCAUCAUGGACUUCUUUGCCACUGGGCUGCCCAUAUUGCAUGAGGCUCGACCCAAUGCCGAUACGGAGAUACUCGAAGACGAUGACGAAACAGUAAUGAUGAUCAAAGAGCUGCUUGACACACGCAUCCGACCAACAGUCCAGGAGGAUGGCGGCGACAUCGUCUUCAUGGGCUACGAGGGCGGUGUUGUCAAGUUGAAGAUGCAGGGCUCCUGCUCAUCCUGUCCCAGCUCGAUUGUCACCCUGAAGAACGGCGUGCAGAACAUGCUGCAGUUUUACAUACCUGAGGUGGAGUCCGUGGUGCAGGUGUUCGACGACGCCGACAGAAUGGCCGACAAGGAGUUCGAGCGCUUCGAGAAGAAUCUUAAACAAAAGGAGCCCGCUGGGGCACCGGUGGGCAUAGGCGGUAGCCCCAACUAGUCAUCGAUCUGUUAUAAUCUUUGCGUUGCUAAUUCUGUAGUCAAAUCCUAGUUAUACAUACACCUAAUCUAUGUAUACAAUUAAAGAGUUUAAUAGUUAAA